AUGGCACCCCAUGGACCUCAGCAGGCCUACUGUAAAUACGACACAGUGCAUUCAGCCGCAGUGCCCAGGCCACCCCUGGGAGCCACAGUGCCUGUGUUUGCUCGCACUAGCUGCGGCUCCAGGGGGGUGGGCCUGGUCCCGGGCCGGGCAGGACACUGGUUUCCUGCCCACUCAGCCCCCUGCCGGAAGUGGAUCGAGAAGUGCCUGCACCCGGUGCCUUUCAUCCAGACUAAUUUGGCUGCAAACAUGCUGGAGCAACUCCUGAUCCACCAGCCCAAGGACCCCAUCCUGUUCAUGAUCAGUCACUUGCAACAAGACAACAAUAAUGUGCCGAAGAUUGUAAUAUUAGGUCCACCCGCCUCGGGGAAAACAACUAUAGCAAUGUGGCUGUGCAAACAUCUCAACAGCAAUCUUCUCACCGUGGAGAACCUGAUAGGAAGAGAAUUUUCCUCUCUGGCUGCGGGUGCCAGGAGGCAUUACCAGAACGUGACGAAGGUGCCCAGCACCCUGCUCGUCAGACUGAUUCAGGAACGUGUGAGUGAGGAGGACUGCAUCAGGCGGGACUACCAGCUGGCCCGGAUCCGCAUGUUUGUGCGAAAUGCCACGCUUGUGUCGCUGAUGAACAACGUUGUGCUGAGCUCUCCAGACACCGUCCUGAUUGAGAGAAACUUGGGGAAGAGAAUCGACCCUCAGACGGGAGAGAUUUAUCACACCACCUUUGACUGGCCCCCCGAAGCGGAAAUCCAGAACCGGCUGGUGGUGCCAGAGGGCAUCUCAGAGCUGGAGACGGCACGGAAGCUGCUGGAAUACCACAGGAACAUCAUCAGGAUCCUUCCGGCUUACCCCAAGAUCCUGAAAGUCAUCAGCGCCGACCAGCCGUGCAUGGACGUCUUCUACCAGGCUCUGACCUAUGCCCAAACCAGCCAUCGAUCUAAUGCCCCGUUCACCCCGCGGGUGCUGCUUUGCGGGCCCGUGGGCAGUGGGAAACGUCUGCAGGCUGCCCUCCUGGCCCAGAAAUACGGCCUCGUCAACGUCCACUGUGGGCAACUGUUGAAAGAGGCAGUAGCAGACAAGUCAAAAGUCGGCGAGCUCAUCCAGCCCUAUUUUCAAAAGAAGAUGGCAGUCCCCGACAGCAUCAUCAUGAAGGUGCUGGACCAGAGGCUGAGCCAGCAGGACAGCAUUCAGAAGGGGUGGGUGCUGCACGGCUUCCCGAGAGACCUGGACCAGGCGCACAUGCUGCACAGCCUGGGCCACCAGCCCAGCAGGGUGUUUUUCCUGAACGUGCCAUUAGAUUCUAUCAUCGAGCGGCUGACCCUGAGAAGAAUGGAUCCCGUCACGGGAGAAAGGUACCACCUCAUGUACAAGCCACCCCCGACCGUAGAAAUCCAGGCCCGCCUCCUACAGCACCCGAAAGAUACUAAAGAGCAGGUCAAGCUCAAAAUGGAUCUGUUCUACAGGCAUUCCUCGGACCUGGAGGAGUUCUACAGGCAGGCCAUCACCAUCAACGGGGACCAGGACCCGUACACGGUCUUUGAAUACAUAGAGAGUGGGAUCAUUAACCCCCUGCCCAGGAAAGUCCCCUGA